AUGAUCGCGGCAUUCAGGCCCUCCUCGGACGCCAAUGCGGUCUCCUGGAACUGGUACAUUUGCUGGACCAUUGCGGAGAUCUCUUUCGACGCGGCCGUUUUCACCGUUCGUGUUAUCGCAUUCCUCAAUACAUCGAUCAGGCGGGUCGUUGUACCGAUGCCAUCCGGCCGAUACACUGCUGCGUUGUGCGACCCAUUCCUGUCGGUGCUGUGCGAUCCGGUCACAUCAGCAAUCGGAUCGCUUUUGCCUGACAGGACCCCCCACUACCGGGCAUCCAACGCCCCAUCCUCGGCGGAUCGCCGCAGCAGUUGUAUGUUAUCUGCUAGCUAUGCAAUGCGCCUGGGAGGACACGCCUUGUGUCUUUUCCAGAUGUUGUUGAUGUCAUCAGAUGCCUCGCACAGGAACAUGUCCCAUGGACAAAGAGCGGAAUGUGUUGUACUGCUGAUCUGA